CUUCUCUGGCUCUGACAUCUAGAGCCCUUCCCCUGGACCACGACGGUGUCUUGUACUUCAUUUACCCCUUGAUCCAGCCCCUCCACCGCGUCACCUCCCGUGAGCUUCAGACCCCUGGUUUGGUGGUGGCUGACUGGGUCGUCGAGUGAUGGGCUUGGGUGGUUGCCUCUCGGUUCUUCCGAGGCCCCUGUGGCUGGAAGGGGCUCCUCGGUGUCGCGUUGUCCACCCUGGUUCACAGCUGAGUCUCGCUUGAGCUGCCCAGCGGGCUCGUCCCCAGUAAAGGCCUUCCUGCCAUCCCUGGUGAUCCUUCUGAAUGUUUACCAUCACUCAGUGUCAGAAUGUUCUGGUUUAAACCUCCUCAUUUAAGCUGCAUCUCGCUCUGGUCUGAAGAGAUGCACGCUGCUCACUCUCAGCUGUUUGGGGCAGGAUCUGCGCCAUCUUACUCUGAAUCUUCUCUUUCCCAAGGAGACACAGCCUAGCUCACUGGGCUUUUCCUUCCUUCUCAUUUGCUUUUCUUCUUUCCGCAUGUUUCUCCUCUGACUUCUUCAUGUGUCUUUUCUUUGAGAGCCCUGGAUUUGACCUCAUCUGCAGGAGAAUGAACGGGGUGGGGAAGGGAGUCGAGGACUGUGCUGAGGUGUGCGGUCUGAGCAUCUGGGUGAACAGGAGUCCUGUGUACUGAGCUCGAGUUGACUGUAGGCCGAGCAGGUGAGGGGAAGCCUGCGAGGGAGUCGUGAGCCGAGAGGGGCUGGCGGUGCUCAGCCGGUGAAGGUGGCCCUGGUCAGGGAGAGGGUGUGGGAGGAGAGACGAGGCCUGGAGACGAGGAAGCCCAGGAAACAUCAUUAAGGGGCAGGCAGAGGAAGAGGGACUAGAACAGAGACUGAAAAGGAGUCGCCGGUGACAGGAAAGCUGAGGAGAUGGGCUGUCCCGUAGCUGCAGGUAGCAGCAUUCCAGGUGGGGGGCGUGGGCAGGUGCUGUAGUGCAGAGAAGCGCGCUGAGGCGGGGCACCGGGGGUCCCUGGGGCCUCAGCGGGAGCACUUCAGGGAGCAGCAGGGGCCGCAGCCAGAGAGGAGUGGGCUUCGAGGGGAGGGGGCGCUGGGGGCCUGCGUCACUGGCAUCAGGAGCUGCCCCGUACCACGUGCUCUGACAGAGGCUCGGGAAGCCUCGGGCCGCGUCGCUCCCCGCUACCGAGCGACGUUGCCUGUUUGUGAGGCCCUGCAGGUGCCAGGCACGGCCCGGGUGCCCAGGACGCAGAGACUGGCCUCCGCACCCCCGUGGCCUGUGCUGACAGCGCCAGCAUCCGCAGCUCUUCCCGGGAAGCCUGCCUGACGUCUUGGUGAGGUCCCUCCCGCCGCGGUCCCCCAGCCCUGCAGCGCCACUGCAGCGCCCCUGCACGCCCUGCACCUCGGCUCUUGUCUUCCCUGCCGUGUGUGGGGGGACAUUUUAUUCUCAUCUGCCCCCCGCCAGCCUGGGGGCCACGUGCACACAGGGGCCUGGCCUACCUUCUACUGUAUCCAUCGCACAGGAAGACUGCCAGUGCCUACUAGACUCUGGGUAAACAUUGAAGGAAAAAAGAGAUGUGAGUUAACGUGGCAAAGAAGAUGGACACAGAAACCACUCCUGUGCAGAGGGCUGGGGGCUCCGGUCGAGGGCUGCUCCGUUGGGUCUGGAGGAGUGAAUGUCAGGCUUCACCCAGGAGGUGGCGUCUGGAGAGUUUUGUCCUGGGAUUGAUUUCAUAUGGUUACUACGCCUUACAUCCUCUGCUCUCUUCUCUCCCCUCCGGCCUCACUGUCCCGUCAGUGGGCCCCGAAGUGAGUAGGCAGCUGGCUGAGAGCCAUUCUCUUCAUCUUGCCUUAGAUCUUGUCUUGUCUUCUGUCACCUUGCCAGAGGACAGCCUGGGCCUGUCUUCUCAUUGCCCCAAGCUCCCAGGCGCGUCAGAAGUCGGAAAAGUUAAAAAGCCCCACAAGAAACACACACUCUCAGGAUCCACGGGGCAAGAGCCCCCUGUGUGUGCUGACUCCUCCGUGAUCAGAGCCAAGACCCCACCUGCCACGCUGGCUUCUCCUGGCUCCAAGUUCAACACCGGAGCUCUCAACACCCCUUCUGAACUUGGCCGGGGCGCCAGGGAGCACCUGCCAGAGGCUGAGGUCAGACUUGCGUUUGUACGCGAAGGGGAGGAGGCUGCAGUGGCCCCGGGAGAAUCAGAAGCCCCGGCUCCCAAAGGAGGAGUGGGAGGGACCUAUCCCUGCAGGGGAAGAGACCAGCCCGCGCCUCAGCAGCAGCCUGCGGGUCCCAGCACCUGACCAGGCUUUCCUGGAGGAGCAGGAGGAAGGCCUCCUGGGGCUGCGUGUCCGCAGUGAGAAGAGAGCAGCCAGCCCUGGAGAGGCCUGGUCUUGGCCUGGCUGCCCCCUGUGCAAAUUGCCACCCCAGUGCUGGGCAGGAUAAGCCAGAGGGAGACUCCGGACACUGUGGCCUCCAGUCCGUGCUGGGGCAGGAGCCCCCGGUGCAGCCUGAGAAGAACGUGUCCAAGUGGAAGGCGAGAGGAGGGGGAGCUGGCAGCAAGGAAGUCGAGGGACCCAGAGCUCAGCUGCAGUCCGGUCGCCUCUGACUUGCUGCUGCUCCAGGCAGCCAGCCCGGACAGGCUGGAGGCAGGCCAGCCUGGCGAGGAUGAAGUGGCGAGGCCAGCCGACAUCCUCAUAGCUGAUCUGGCCGGAGAGGCGCGUCACCUCAAGACACGGAAGAAGAGGCGCUUGCUUCCUGGGGAGGACUGCGCAGGCCAAGACCAAGGGCUGGGCUCCCGGGCACUCCCUGGGCCCCCUGGACACCCUGGGUCAGAGACCGUGCCUGACGUGAGACGCUUCUUUACCAUCAACUGCAGGAAUGUCUGCCGUGUCACGUGCACUCUGUGCCGCCGAGCAUCAGACAGGGCAGAGUUAAGGGGCGGUCCCAGCCUUCAGCUCUGGUCUGCCACCUGGCAACUAAGCGCGGGCGGGAGGUGGGGAGGAAGCCAGCUGCAGCCGGCCCUGGGGGGGAGCGGGGAGGGGUGCCUGAAAAGAAGCAGAAGGACCUGCCCACGGGGGCCACCAGCCGUGCCCCGAGGAGCUGCAUUCACCAUGCUGCCACCAGGUGCCUCACCUCUGGAAGAUGGUGACGGACAGGCGGGCCCGAGCAGCUGGUACAGGCUCGGCCUCCCCCGCCUACUGCCACCCACGGCAGCUGGAGAGGACUGAGGUGGCGUAUGUGCCCCCAGCCAGCUCCGAGCACGGGCCUGGAGCCAGAGUGCUGCCGAGUUGCCCUGCAGCCCAGCGCUGCCCCUCUCCUUUGUCUUGGCCCCGCUCUUCAGGAGGUUUAGGGCCCAGGUGGACCGUUGCUACCGCCUGCCGUCUCCAACCGCCUUCUCCCGUGAAGCCCUGCCCCUGCUGCACGGGGCGAUGGGCGAGCAGGUGCGUCGGGAUGCAGUGGACCGAGGGCAGCCGCGUCCACCUCACUGUUUCCGUGGCAGCCCGGGUCGCGGAUGUGGACUACGCGGCUAUCACCGCCCACUGUGGGGUGACGCAGCCGGGUGGCCGGCAGGUGGCGUCAGGCAGCCCGAGGAGGCAGGCCACGCCUGGGUCCGACACCUGCCCCUGGACAAGGCUGCGGAGACGGACCGCGGGAGCUGCAGGGGCCGCUCAGCCUCUGUGGCUUGGCCACAGCUCUGUGCCUGAGCUUCCUGGUGUCGGGCGGCUGCCCGAGUCUGGAGCAGGCUGUGAGGACGGGGGGCUACACCCACGCCCCUCGCUUCACCCACUGCCUCGACUCCCUGGUGGGAAACUUCUGUGUCACCAGCAUAGUGUCCAGAUCAUGCUGGGCAUGGCUAGGGCCAUCUGCAGCCACUUCCAAGGCUCUGCGGAAGCCCGGCAGCUCCUCCCAGCUGCAGCGGCAGUGCGGCCUCCCAGCCCACCAGCCCUUCUUGGGGCUCUCGCAUCCCUGGGUGUCCGCCUACCACUUGCUGGAGUGGCUGGAGAAGCGGCAGCUGGGGAAGGCAGGGGCGGCGCUGUCGGCCGUGUUGCGGAGCCUGACGGACAGUCUGGUCAAGCUCCCGCAGCCCUUCUGGAUGGAGGUCCGGGAGGCGAGCGCCGCGCAGGCCGCCUUAAGCCUGGUGCUGCCCCAGCUGUGCUACCUGCACAUCUUCCUGGCGCAGGUUCGGGGGCGCUUUGAGGAGCGGAGCACCGGGGAGAUGGGCGCGGCCGUGCGGCUGGCCGAGGGCCUGGCCCUGCAGCUCUCCACAGACCACCAGCUCCCUGAGCUCUUCCACCGUGAGGAGUUCGUGCUGGCGACCCUGCUGGACCGCUUCAAGGGCAGGAUAGAGGCUGCCCUCCCUGAGGGGGCCGACAUCAACCAUUGGAAGCAAGUUCUCGUGUACGAGGUGAAGGAGCUCGUGGUGUCUGAGUACUCCUGCCGCCCUCCCCUUCCCUGCAGGGCCCCACUGCUGUGCGUGUGGACGCCCCUGAGCCGCGCAGGAGCCAGGAGCCCUGGGGCCGAAGGGAAGGGCCGGGAAGCGCCCGAGCAGAGAAGCGGGACCUCUGGGUCCUUGCUGCUGGGCCAGAGGGAGAGGAGCCUCCUGGAGCAGGUGGAGAGCGGGGGGCUGCUGGUCUCAGAGAGGGGCGGCGCUUCCCUCUCCACGGAGAGCCACCUGGUCAGCAUCAUCCGCAAGAAGUACCUGCGUGAGAACGAGACAGUGGGUGCCCAGGAGGACCCCCUGCUUACUGGCAGAAGCGGCGGGACGUCCGGCCAGACCUGGCGAGACUGGCCACCAUCUAUCCUGCGCCCUGACGGGCGCCUUCUCUGCAAGUGUCUUUGCAUCCCUGGGCGGCCCCGCCAUCGUGGAGCAUGACUCCCCUCUCCCAGGGGAGAUGGCUGAGCGUCUUCUCUUCUUGAAGACCAACCUGGAGCAUCUCCCAAGCUACACCCACGCCCUUUAUCUUCCCCAGCAGGGACCUGGCCGAGGCGCGCAGGCCGCUGCUGCAGGGCAUGUCUGCACAGGCUCCCUGUGAGGAGAGGCCAGCGCGCCUGGGGGAGAGGCUGGGACUAGGGCUGCGCUCCCUUAACGUCUGGACUCUGCAUCCAGUGCAUUUGGGUGGUGAGAUCAGGGCCUGGCCCUGGACCUCUCCCUGUCUCCCUGCCUCCCUUCCUUAAAUUGCACGUGGGUCUCAGACUUCAACGAGAAUCACCUGAGAGCAUCUUAAAGCUGAGGCGUCCUGUCCCUCCCUCGCAGGUUCGGGUGUAGUAGGUCAGGUGGGGGCAGGGAUGUCAUGCGCCCUAACUAAAGCAGUCCAGGGGGUCGUGUAUUGGUCAGUGCUGCCACCCCUCGAGCUCCUCCUGGGAGAGGCACUGUCCCCUUGCUCUCUGGCCUCCCCUCAGCGGCUCUCCUUGUUCUCGGAGAGGGGAGGCCUGAACCGGCGAGGCACCAGGGUUGGGGGGUGUGAGGAAGACGAGGGCAGUGAAAGGGAGGAGAUGAGAAGCUUGACGGUCCCGAGCUUGGGGGCUUGGGCUCUGGAGAGGUGGUUCUCAACCGGGGGCAGUUUUGUCCCCCAGGGGCCAUUGGGCAACGCCUAGAGAUGUUUUGGUUGUCACAGCUUGUGGGGGGAUUGCCACUGUCCUCUCGCGGGUGGAAGACAGGGACGCACAGAGGAGCCUCCGCGGCAGAGACUUACCCCGGCACCAGGUGGCAGCAGUGCCGGGUCCGAGAACCCUGUGCCAGGUUGUGGUCGGGAGGGAAUGGGGCGGAGGAAGGGGCCCCAGUUCACCGAAGCGGCCCGGUGACUGUCCACCUGAGGCUGCUCCGAGCUGAACCAUUUCUUCCCUAGACUUGGCUCUGCCCUGCCCUGGCGACUCACGGCAUCCUCUUCUGGCCCAUUCCCUACAUAGGUAAACUGAGACUCAGAACUGCUGGCUCUGAACAAGGGAAGAUGGGCCUCCCCCCGGAGAUCCGGAGUUACCUGUUUCAGUCAUAGCCUUGUCUGUGUGACCGAGUCCUUUUCACAGACACACGUUGGGCCAGUGCCUCUGUUCGCUCAUUUCCAUAAGAGGACCAGGGUGAUUCUGGUUUUCUGGAGGAACGUUGACGCUGUUGCAUGUGGACGAGCCGUUCUCGCAUUGCGCGGAGCCUGCUGUCCGCUGCUGGCCUCUGCGUUGGCUGGGUUUGCACAGGCAUGUGGGCCCCGGCCUGGUUGAAGUGUGCAGAUUUGAGGUAAAGUGGGGCACAGGAGCGGAGCAGAGGUCAUGGACACGCUGGAGAAUCAGGGUUUGACUGCGGUGCUGUUCAUCUAACUGCAGACAAGGGCAUGGGACCCAGGGCCGAGGGCACAGAGCCAAGUGCUGGCGGGGCACGUGUCUCCUGCCAGAUGGGACCUUGGGGGCACAGGAGGCCUGAUGUCCAGUCCCAGUGCCAUCUUUCCGCACCCCUGUCCUCUUCCGCAGAACGUGGGCGCGCGCACACCGUUCUCUGCCCGCCCCCUUGUUCUUUCUCUCCCUUUGCGCACCACCUCCAUCCCCAUCGCUGGCGGGGUUCCUCAGGGUACCGCUUCCCCCACAGCCCGUCGCCCCGGCGGCGGCGGGGCAUUUGGACACGGGGCUGGUGGCUCUUGCCUGGAGGCCUGGCGUGUUGUCCUCCCCACCCCCGGCUGCUCAGCGGUCCCCUCCGUUCAGCCUCGAGCAUGUGAGUGUUGGUCCGACUUCAGCCCCUGGCUGUACCCCAGGGCUCCCUGACCGCUUUCACCCCCAACGUAGUGGCUGGGAGGAUGUGCGCGCCCCUGGAGAGAGGCCUGCAGAUACUGGAAGAGGUGGUGUCCCCCCGAGGCUGGCCCGUUGCGCCUCGCUCUCACAGACGGUGCCUGGACCCCGUCAUCCUGGACUCGCCGCUGCCUCCUGAGGCCAAUGCCACAGGACACCCCAAGUGCAAGACGGGAGCCCGGCCUCCAGUCACAUGGCCAGGUUCCGGGCACACGUUCUCCUCCCUCCUCGCCCUCAGGCGGGUUCCUCGUCUCUGGCUAUCUGACUAGUGCUUUUAUGGUCCAUCUCUGGUGCCCGGUGCCCUGUGGGCCAGAGCAGGUUUAACCAACGUGGAGGUGACUGCAUCGCUCGCUGCUUACAAACCCAGCAGGUGCUUCCCCAGAGUGACCAGGUUUCUUAGCGGGUACCUCCAUGCCUUUUGGACAGAAACAUUGGUAGAAGUGAAGGAGGAGCUGGGCUGCUGAAGACGAGGGGGCUGGGGAAAGACGUAGGGCUCCUUCUCAGAGACGGUGGGGGUCAGACGUGUUAGCAGCCUCACCAGCGUCCUGGGGCGUGCGGGAGGAGCUCUGGGCCUGAUUUCCUUGGAGGGGUUCUGAGGAGCGGCGUUGCUAUGGAAACGCAGCCUCGGGGCCUGGCGGGGGCUCUGGAGCCCCAGGUUUUGCAAACAGCAGGAGUGAAUGGCUCCUUGUUUCUCUGCAGGCCUCAGCCAGCCCGGCCUGCGCCCGGCCAGAGUCUGUGGGGUUGGGGAGCUGCCACUUGGAGCCGAGGUCUGCUUGUUUUCCUCUCCUAGACCCUGAGCCUUCUGCGCUUGCUCGCAUCGCCGGCGUCCCUCCCCCUGGCCUCCUGCCUCGCGCUCUUGUCUUGCACUGACACCUGGGUUUCUGCCACCCCACGGCCACUGGCGACUAGAAAGUACCCUCCCUCCCCUUUUCUGGAUCCAACAUAGGUGCCACCCUGCCCCUCCCUCCAGGACGGCUUCCUUGACUGCCCGGCCUCCCCUCCCCAACCCCCCUUUGCCCGUGUUUGCAGCUGGAACCAUGCUAUCUGGCUGGCAGCGAUGGGCACUGUUCUGUUGGUGCCACAGUGAAGAGCUGGUAUUGACAGGCAGGUUCGGGGAGCAAAGGUGAGGGGCCUGGCAGUGCUGCCACUUACUCCCUGUGCCUCCGCUGUCCCUCCCCUCCCUCGACCUCAGUUUCCUCAUCAAGGACUGAAGGCUGAGCCCUCAGGCCCCACAGCUGCCACCAGAGGUCACAAGUUGGCCCAUGGAACGUGGAAACCACUUUGAAUUCAUUGCUGAUUUUUUAAAAAAUUGUCAAGAAGGCCCAGGUGCUCUCAUUUGUGUUUGCCAAUGCAUGGGUCUCCCAGGAAGGAAACGAGAUUGGCGAUGAUGGUGACCUGUUAUCUCUUCAAAAAUAAGUGUAAAUGGUUAAAAGGAAACACCUCAGAGUUAAUACAGGUAAUCGUGAGCAGUUACGAGAAAGGAAAGUAAUGAGAUUGUGUCGCCGGAGCAGAUUUGGGAGACGGGAAGAAUUGGUAAAGGCGGGCCUGAAUCCCAUCCAGCAUGGCCAUAACCGCCAGGGCCGAGUCAGGACCCCCUUAGGCAAGGGCCUGUGCCUGGCCCACCUCCCUCGGAGGGGCUCUUGACCCUUCUGUGCCCUGGACUCUUGUCCUCAGGUCCCGCCGGGCCGUCUAGGUCUCUGGCCCUGGCGGUGGAGGCUGGGCGGUCACUGAGGUUCUCAGAGGCCCGCUUACUCUUUGACUGUUUCUCCUCAGGGACCUG